GCCAUGUGUAAUUCCUUGAAAUGACAGAUAUUUGGAGUUAAGUUUAAACCUGAGUAACAAUCCUUCCUCGAGCAUGUCUAUAGCUGUGGGAACUAGCUCUCUUGGUUCUAUGGUAACUCCGGAAGCGCUGGAAAACGCCGCCAAAGAAGUUGAUCGGCAACUAGCUGCAGAUCGACAGUUUCCUGAGCUGUCGGAGCUGAUCAACGCUUCCCAGCAAAGUAAGUUUUUCCUUAAGUGGGUUCUUCCGGUCAGUUUUCUGAGUUUGCUCCUGUAAUAUGAAACCUAGCCAGACUGAAGUCGGGUCAAAGCUCAUACAGAACUUUGAUUGUAUCAAAAUUAAUUGGAACAUUUAAUUUGUACUUUGAUCUAACUUAAUUAAGCUUAUGAUCAUCAAUGAAAUGCUUUGCUGCAGAAUAAUGACUGUCCCUAUAAUGCAUAUACAUAUUCAACUAAAGCGACUGAAAGAAAGCUAACUUACUGAGCUCAUGGAAUUAUGAAUGUGACUGUGGAAACACUGGUAGUCAACAUGUGCAGUAGAACCCAAGAGAGGGAAAGGGAGGAAAAACUUAGGUCAAUAUUUGGUGGUUAGGUGUUGCUAGCCUUUCAGAACCCCCUACCUCAUUGUAGUCUAUGCUGUGACUAAUUUUGGACCCAAUCUUAGUUGCUUUUGAACCAAUGCAAUUUUUGCCACCUAUCCAGCUGCACAUGCCUAUAAGCCUGUAACUAGGAAGUACCCCUUGGGAAGUAAAACCUGCGUUCAGUACUGUUUCAGGAAUUUACCUACUGUGCUGUUAUGACCAGGUUUUUAAAUAAUUGCUAUACUCUUCAACUCCCAAGGUAUCAAUUGAAAUUCUCCCUAGCGACCUCUUUAUAUUUUGGUCUAGAUAAGUAUGGGAGAAUUUGGUGGUUCCUUGAGACAUUAUCCUUCAGUUAAUACUUUCUCUUGUAUAUUCUCAUCACUCUUUGCUGGGUAAUGUAUAUUGAUUGUAAGAAGAAAAUACAUGUUAGUCAUUUCCAGGAGUUGAAAGGCAAAAAACAAUUACUGAAUAUUUAAAAAUUAUUUUUACUGUCUUGGUAGUUCAGACAACCUUCAGUGGAAUAAAUGACUUUGAUUAUCCAUCAUUAUCAUCACCAUCUGUUGGCCUGGCUGGUUUGGAGCUGGUCAGUCUGCUUAAAAGAGUUCCCCUCCCGGCAGAGCUGAUGGAACAGUUUAAUUGUAUCCUCUCACUAUUUAUUUGUUGGUGUCUGUUGUUGUCUUAUUUGGAUGUUUAAAAGAGAAAUAAUGGAGUGAGUCUAGUCAUUCAAGUCGAACAAAUUGUCCAGUUGUGUAAGUCAAGCUGAUAAAUCAUUCAAUGGUGAACAUAUUGAAUCAAGAAUUUAUAUGUACAACUUGCCAAAAUUGUAAAGAAUGUGACAAUAAUGUUUUUGUUGUGCUAAAAGUCACCAUUUGUGAGUAUUUCCCACUCCAUCUGGCCUAGAUGUCUUUCUACCAUAGCUAACUUGACAGUUUUCUGGUAUCCAUUUAUACUCCUAUGUGGAGAGGGCCACUAUCAGAGACCCGUGUCUCUUGUCUAAGAACACGACACAAUGAUAUAGCUUAGGCUUGAACCAAGACCUUUUCAUCAAAAGUGUAGCUGCUGACCUCUUAGUGAUUACUUAUCACAGAUAUUCUUAAGAAGUAUUUAUUUUAAUUUGUUAGAAUACAAGAUGCUUCACUGCAAAAUCCUUGACUUAAACUACAUAGACAUGCAGUGUAAUUGUAUGAUGGGUCUCUUUCCUGAGAUAAGAAGAGCAUGGCUCACCAUUGAUAGUAAUAUUUAUGUUUGGAAUUAUGAAGAUGGGUAAGUGAAUUUUGAAAUGUGUUGAAUUUUUUUAAUUUUAAACAUUUUUCUUACUAGGAUAGUAUCAACUUUCCUAUGUUUCAAAUCAGUUACCUUAAUGGUAGACAAAACACAGCCAAAAUUAAACUACCAUAGUUGAAAAAAUUGGAAAAUCAAAGAAAAAAAUUUGGACUACAACAGAUAUGUGAUUUAUGUGCGUUUUUUACUUGGCUCAAAAUUUGCAUUGCUAUAUAGCUGAUCACUCACUGGUACAUCUAAAACAAAGCAAACAAAAAAAUUAGCUUUGAAUUUUGUGUGAUUUUGAUCUUCUGGUGCACACUUUGGCAUUAAGCAAUGAACCAUUUUACCAAAUGACUGAGGAGGCAUUUUUUGUUAUUGAAUGAAACUUCAUUACAAAAAAAUAAAUCACAUGUAAAUAUGAUUAUGUUCUUCUGUUUCAUUAUAGGAGUGAUUCUGCUUAUUUUGAUGGAUUGGAUGAAACUAUUUUGUGUGCAGGAUUAGUGAAAGCUAAGCCAGGUUUGUUUAAUCAUUGAAGCAACAAUAACAAUGCAUUUAUUUUUCAGAGGGUAUGUCUGGCCAUAUUAACCCUCUACACCCUAACCUCAGUAUGCAUUUUCUCCAAAUUGUUCUCCCUACAUUUUCCAAUGUGCUGACAAGAAUAAUUAAUUUAACAAUUAAGAGUGCCUUUAGUUGGUGAUCAUUUCUUGUAGUCUUGUGACCAUAGUGUUUGAUCCAGGGCUGAUAUUGUAAAGAGAAAUUAGUUGUGAGUCACUCUUAGAGGUCAAUGAUUUAAAAGCCGUUGACCCCUAAGGCUCCCAUAGCUUCCCUAUCACUGACAACCAGCCAGCUAACUGUUUUUUCUCUCUUCUUGAAAUCUUAUACAUCCCAUUGCAUAAUUAUUUUUAAAAUGUUUUGUAGAGAUCUUUAAAGAUGAAGUGAGAUACAUCUUGUGCCUUACAACUCCAGUUUAUAUUGUUCUUCUAGCUGUAACAUUUACAUCAAAGAAGUUAGGUAUGUCAAUUUCGUAACAAGAGUUGUAAAAUAAGCUCAAUUAUACGUCCAUUUUGAUUGGUUCUUAUUUAUGAUCUAUCAAAGGACAGAUGCUUAAAUGAGAUCACCAUGUACCAAAUUUUGCUUGUGUAUUGUAUGAAACAGAUAAAUUUCAUGUUACCCUGGGUCUGUACAGUAAUAGAUCACAGAAGACAUCAAAAUGCAGUCAGAAAAUCAGUGAUACAGUGGACUAUGCUUUUACACCUCUCCUUUGUUCUUGGCGCAUUGUGAUCUCAUCUGUUAUCUUUUGCAAAACAGGUGCCAGGUAACAUGAUGUCUAUCUGUUAAAUUGAUAUCACCUGGUUGAGCCCUUAGUUGUGAGUUUAUACCUGACUUUGUUUCACAUAAUUUUGAGACCUUUUCAGGAAGCAGAACAGGUAUUUGUUCCCUAAGAUUGCAUGAACUACUUCAAAUGCACUGUAUUUUCAACCUUUUUCAGGAAGCUUUAGCCAUGAUGAGUUUUCAGAGAUGCAUCUUCAUCCCAAUCCAGUGUUUUCUAUUCCUUCUGAUAAUGUUUACAUGACUUGUAUCACUGGAACUCAGUCAGGAAGAAUAUUUAUGGGUGGAAAAGAUGGCUGUGUUUAUGAAGUAGCUUAUCAGGUUAGUUAUCAAGUUACACAAGAUUCAAUUAGCUAUUCUUCCUUCUGACUGCUAUUAAUUUCCUCUUAACUUAGAGAGGAGAAUGUGGUCUGAUAUCAAACAGCAACCUUUAGCAGAUAAGCUUGUCUGUUCUCAUUACCUGAUUGCAAGAAAACAUUAGAAUUGCACAGAGGAACUGUGUGUUGACCUCUUCUGAGAAAAAAAGGGUGAACAGCAAAGCUUUAAAGUAUCAAGCACUAGAGUGGAUUGAUUUUUCUCAUCACUCUCUUAAAGUAAAUUUUUAGACAAGUUUUAGGAUACUUUUCCUAAUCCCAUAUUUUAUUUUGAAAGGAUGAGUCAUAGGUGUAAAUUGUUUCUUUACUCCUUACAGGCUGCUGCUGGUUGGUUGCCAUGGAGAAAUUGCCGGAAAAUAAAUCAUUCUUCAGGAACCUUAUCUUUCCUUGUUCCAUCAUUUUUAAGUUCUACUUUCAGUGGUGAAGGUGAGGAUAACAAAGUAUUGGUAACUUUGUACACAGUUUGCACACAACAAGUUACCUAUAAUUGGUCUGUUUCAGAUGCCAUUGCACAAUUAGCAGUUGACAAUACAAGAAACACACUUUAUGCACGGUCAGAAAAAGGAACUAUUCAGGUAUGUUUUUAUACAUUUAUUUAGUCAAUCAUAUUGAUUUUGUAAGUCUUCCUCUCAAUCUGUUUGUCUACCUCUCCUUGUACUUGAUUGGUUGUUUGCUGUGUCUGUCUGUUUUUCUCUGUGUCUGUCUAUCUUUGUGUCUCUCUAUCUGUCUAGCUUUCUAUCUGUCUGUCUCUCUGCUGGUUGUUUUGUCUCUCUGCAACCCUUAAAAGGCUCUUGUUUGCAUGAUUGUGACAUAUCAUGAGAGAGCAUUCCACUGCAAAAACUGUAUUAUCUAGUUGCUACACUUGCAAUAACCAAAUCAACUCAUUUCUGACAGGUGUUUGAUCUUGGUGCUGAUGGCCAAAGUAUGGACUAUGUUGCAUCAUUAACUCAGGACAAAAUCACACACAAAGCAGAGUCUGCUGCAAGGUAGAACAGUUUAGUUUUAGCAACUUUGUAGGGUUAUUGCAGGAAAAAUUACUCUGAAUAAUAAUUAAAGGAAGAUUUAUUACAAAUAACAUUCCCUAAGAGUGCUAUAUCUAGAUGUCGCAAGUUUUACCAGAUAUUCUUGUUGAAAUAAGUCAGACUAGUUGCUUAAAAUUGAUACCUUAUCACUAAACUGUCCCAAAUAUAUACACCUUUUUUUUUGUUUCUGUCUUUAACAUGUAUCACAUUAUAAAAAAAUGUCAAAACCUAUGAGAAGAUCCAUGGUUGAGUUGAGGUUAUUAAAGAGGUAGAUAGCAUAGUAAUGACAGGUUUGUUUUCAUUGAUUACAUCUUGUCUGUUUUCAGAACCAACGAUCGCAAUCUUUUUAAACCAAUUGUGCACAUUGCACCUAUAGCAAAGCAUGAAUCAAAAGGUGUUCAUUUGGUUGCAAUCACUCAUGCUGGUAAGCAUUAUAUUCAUGUUAACCCUUUCAUUCAGGAGUGACAAAAAAGGAAUUUUUCUUAUAUUAUCCAUACACUAGCAAGUAGAAAUUGGUGAAUUGAAAUUGAGAUUGGUGAAAGGAGUGCAUUGGGGUUGUUUGGAAUGAAGCUUAGAGUGACUUUUGAUGUAGCAUCAACUUCUCCCUGUGUUUCACAAGAGAAUUCAAGACAGUUUGAAAGGAGAGCCUAGCAGUUCACCAGAUGUCACUUUGGCCUCUUUUGACAUGCACCCCUUGAUUUACUGAUUUCAUAUCCUUUUAACAGCAAUUGCAUUUUCAUGGUUUAGUUUCCCAAGAAUUUUAUUCAGUAAAUGUUUUUGACUCAAGGGUAACCUAGAAUUCUUUUUUGUGAUUGUUCAAGUGAGAGUAGUGCUGAAAAGGACCAUUCUCAGUGUUGGUAACUGAUGUUUUACAACCCCCGAGCAGAACUUGUCAUCAUUAUCAUCUUGACUGAACUGAUGACUUCCACCCAGGUUGUUGAGAUGUCAGUUACCUUCACUGACAACUGUCCUUUUCAGGACUUUCCUUACCUAGUCAAUCAAAUUAUUUGCAUGGUUGAUAAGGGUAUUGUUUCAGUGUAUGUUCCUGUUUAUUAGGUGUGCGACUUUACUUUUCCACAACAAAUAUCAGAACACCACUGGAAAGACCAACCAAACUGCAACUUGUUCACAUAAGACUUCCACCAGGUUUUGCACCAUCUGCAACUUCACAGAAGCCUUCAAAAGUACAUGCAGCUUUUUACCGACAAGGUACAAUUACUACUUUGUAACUUGUAACAAGUAACAUUCAGAGCUCUAACACUUUGCAUUCUGAACGGUUUUUUUGUUUGGAUAUCACAAAUUUAGACAUGAACAGUUUGCUAGAUAAUUCAUGUUCAUAUCUUACUUAGAAUUAUUAAGGAUGAUAAAGACAAUUUAACCAUUAACCCAUUCCUCACCAUCAUUAAUAUGCACAUUCUCCAUGCUGGUCUCUAUUUCCUAAGAUGCUGACCGGGAGAAUUGUUUCAAAAUCAAGAAUUUCUAUUGUUUGUGAUCAUGUCCUUUAUUCUUGAACUGAUAUAAUGUUAAGAGAAAUUAGAUGCCAAUCACUCCAAGGGGUUGAGAGGUUAAAGCAGUUUUCCAAAGCUGAUGUUUCUGUUGUUUUUGUAAAUAAUUAUUACGUCUCCCAAAACCAAAUUUCAAAUAGCUGAUGAUGGAAAUUUUACCCUUUUGCUCUGAUGAAUAGCUCAUACAGUAGACAAAAAUUGUCUAAAUUUGCCAAUUAUUUCAAUCUUUCAAUAAGCAAAGGAGUAAAGUUUGCCAUCACAGUUAUUUUGGCAAAGGCUAACUCUUGACUCAUUAAUUGUGUUAGAAACUUAAAAAGUACAUAAAUUUAUCACCUGAUUUUCAAUUCUCUUAUUUUCUUUGUGGUUAUCUUCUGUUUUCUGAAUUUCUUUUGCUCAGGAAUCUCACUCAUGGCUGCUUCUCAAACUGAAGAUAUGGAUGUUCUUUGGGGAAUCAGUCCUGAUUCAUUUCCCUUUCAGACACCACUUAAAGAAAUGCAGGUAAUAAAUCUUAUAUAGCCCUGACAAUCAAGUAAUAAGUCUUAUAUUACCCUGACAAAUCAUGUGUGGCCUGUAUCAGGUAUAAUUAUUUUAUUAUCAGGCACAGGUAUAAUUUGUCAAUUAAUCAAAAAAUAUUAAAUGUUAUUUACAAGGAGAAUCACCAGUGACAGACUUUAUCAGUAUGAGUUAAUAGAUUACAGAUUAAUGUUGUAAGUUAAGAUGAUCGAAUGUCAGGUUAGAUUUUUUGACUGCCAUUACUGCUUCUAUUAGUUAACCCUGAGGUCCCUAUGACUAACAAGCAUCUUAUUUUUCUCACAAUGUCAUCCCUGAAUCAAAAAUUAUGGUCAUAAGAAUAGAGAAAUGAUCAUCAACUGAAGAAGUUCCUGAUUAUUAAACAAAGUCUCCUUGUCAGUACCUAAUGAAAUGUAUAGAGAACAGUAUGGAGAAUAUGCUUACUGAUGUUAGGGUGUAAAGGGUUAACAGUUUAUUACUAAGUUACUUUCAUUGAUGAUAUUUUUCAAGGUGACAGUGCCUAUGGAUGGACGAACUUGGUCUUUAAGUGAAGUUCCUGAAUUUGGAAAAAACAUGCUUAGUCAUUGUCCCAUUGUCAGAGACCAGAGGAUGGAGCCACCUGCUGUCGUCAGGCAGCAUGCAUCCCCUCGGAGAUCAUAUGUUGCUCUAAGUUCUCAGGUUAGAACAUGGUCUGCCAAUCUCUAUGUCCAUUGACAUUUUCCAUUAAAAUCUUCUGUUUCUCUUGCUGGCUGUCUUUCAAAUUUCUUUGGUUAAUUGUCACUAAUUGCAUCUUCCCUGCAAGGAAUCAUUUCAUGUCAUGCGUCUUCAUCAGGAAAUAACAGAGCACUUAGAGGUUUUAAAAAACACUCCGCUGUUAAUUCACACUGGCAAUACCCAGUUUAUUAAGUUACUCAGGUCUUAAGUUGUUGAUGUUCAAAGUUAACUCCACACACCCAAACAUGGGCCAAAGUUGAAGGUCAACCCUGCUUAUCUGAUUAAAAUUUGAUGUUACUUUGAUUCAACAGGGAAGUUAUCUGUUUACAACAUAUCGUCCAGUGGAACAGCUGCAACAGUUAUUGAUACAGAGUCAGGGUUUUGACUCUGACUCUGUACAUGCUUUUUUCAAAUGUUAUAAGGUUAGUUUACACAAAUAAAUAGUGAAUGGAAGGAUCAGGAAAAUGUUACCAUGCUUUUUUCUUAAAAAAGGUCUGUUAAAUGGACUCACCCCCUGAUAGAUCAUUUUGUAAUUUAUACAGGAAGACCAGGCUUGUGCAACAUGUCUUGUUAUAGCUUGCUCAACUCAGACUUCCCAACAACAAGUAAGUCUUGUUUCACAGUUUCACAAAUUAUACUUGAUUGUAAUUAACAUAAAUUGCUAAUUGUCACAACUUUAAUGUUGUGUUUGAUAUGCAUUUUAUGUUGGACAGCUUUAGGUUUAUGACUGUGUGAAGGGCGUUAAGUAAUGUGCAGAUCUGUUAAAAGAGACCAGAAACUGUUGGCAUUGCAAUUAACUUUGAGGAUUUUCAGACUGCCUUAUGUCAUUUUUACCUUUAUUCAAUCUUUUUUUCAUCCUUUUACAUUACCCUGUAUGUUUUACCACUCACAAUAAUCCAUAAUUUACUUUUAUCCUGUACAAUUGUUAAAUGUAAAUCUUGCAUUUAUUGUACAAAGAGGAAAAAAAUUAAAGAAAAAUAUUUUGUUACAAUCAGAUUGCUGAAUGGGCCACGAGAGCUUUCUUCAAAUAUGGAGAAUCAGUGUCACACCACCCCUCCCAAGCUGGUACACCCGGUAAUCCUGCUGAGCCAAGCAUCACCCAGGGAGGUAGCUAUGUAGCUUCCCCAGGAGUCAGACAAGGAUUCAACAGUCCAGGGGUUGUGACAUCAACACCUCACCCUGGUGGUGUGGGGCAGGCAGUGGUCAGAGCUGAGGUGAUAAGAUCCAGCAAAUAUGAUGGACUGUGCAUGUACUUUGCACGAAUCCUUGAGUAUGUAUUUUAUUUAUAUUUAAUUUUUGUUGGGUUUGCUUUCUCAAAUGUCUUCCUUGAUUCUGAUAUCACUUAUCUGAAACAAUUGCCUGUAUAUUUAUGUCAGUUGUUGCUCAGUUAUUCUUUGGAAAAUAUCCUCUUUAAAUGUUUUUCCAGUUUUAUUGUGAGGUCUUUUCCCCCCCCCCAAAAAAAAAAAAAAAAAUGAAAUAGUCACUAUAUAGUUUUCUUGAUGUCUCUUUUUCACAAUACUUAUGAGAAAUUUGUUUUUAACUCUCCCUUUUUAUUGAUAACAAUCCUGAGUUUUGGUUCUUCCAACUGUCUUACUUUAGAAUGGUUUGGGAUGCAAGAUUAGUGUUUGAAGAUUUCUUGGUUCCUCAUCUUUCAGAGCCUCAACAGGUGAGAAGAAUUCUAAAUGGAAUUUUUUUUUCUUAAGUUUUUACUAUUAGUAAAGUUGUUAACCUCAUUCCUUUUGGUAUUUGUCUUUUUGGUGAGAAAACUGCAAUUACUCAAGAUCAAGUAUUGAAGUAGUUAAACUCCAUUCUUGCCAAACAAACAAAUUGAUUAGAGCUAAUCAGGUUCUGUUGAAAAGUCAAGGAAUUUAUGAGAAAAAAAGUUAAGGUUAAAAUUUUAUUUAAUGCCAUUGGUUAAUGAUGAUAGCAUGCAGGGAAUAAGCAUCCCAUUUAACCCUUUAACUCUCAGAUCAAAUUUGUAAUUCUCCUUACUGUCAACCACACAAUUCUUAUAAAGUUAGUUCAGAGAAUGUAGUACUAGAUCAACUAAUUAUCCUCAAAUUGAUAUAUUUUCCUUUAUUCUCAUCACGUAUCUGGUUGAUAUUGUAUUGAUAUUGUAAGGAGAAGUUCUGUUUUAGUCAUUCAUUGGAGUUAAAGGGUUAAGAAUGGUUGUAGUGCUUCCAGGUUGACUUUUCACAGUAUUGCCAUACUUUGAUCUGGUAGUUAAAGUUGAUAGUUUCCUCAUUGUUUUGUUUUUUUUUUUGGCUUUUGGUUUGAUAUUUCAGCAUGUUCCAGUUUUACGGAGUGUGCUUAAUGUUGACCAACUUGGAUGGAUUUUGGGAAAACUACGACAGCUUCAAACAUGGAUGGAGCAGAAUUUCAGGUUCUUGCUUCCAGACAGGGAAGGGGGGUGAGAAUAUUUCUUUUUGUCCGUACCCUUUAUAUUCACAUAGUUCUUGUUAUGUGUGCUCUUGAGAGUGAAUUGUUCUUUGUAUUGAAGAAAUUUUCGUUUUUAAGAGGUUUAUUUUCUUAUCUUUCAGUUUUCCUGGAGUAACAAUGAGUGGUACGCAGCCAUUUCUCCAACAAACUCAUCCGGGUUAGUAGUUAGUUAAUCAGCUUUGUUUUGUACUCUUUGCCACAAAUAGUCACACCAUAAAAUAGGAUGUAUGUUCAGGAUGAAACUAAAACACAAAAUCCAAAUCUUACCAAUGUUUUCUUUUUUUUCUAAGAGCAAUUUUCAUUAAACCCUUCUACUCCUUGAAGUAUUUAACAUAUAACUUGUCCCUUCCAUAUCCGUACAUUAUCCAGCAAACUGGUUAUGAGAAUACUCAAACAUAGCAGGUAGAAGUUUUAUUCUUAUCCAACACCAAAUUCCUGUAACAAGUUUACAGGGAAAUGUGUAGCGGCGUGAGGGGAGAAUUAAUAAUCAGGUGUUGGGAGUUAAAGGGUUAACCCUUUAAUUCCCAUAAGUGACCAAGAAAGAAUUCUCCUUACAAUAUCAAAACAAUAUCAAGCAGACAAGUUAUGAGAAUAAAGAAAAAUAUCAGUUAGGGGAAUAUAAGAUGAUCCAAUACUAAAUCCUCCAAACUAACAUCACAAGAACUGUAUAGGAGAUAGUAAGGAGAAUUACUAAUGAGAUCUUGGGAGUUAAAGGGUUAAGUAUAUAGAGUUAACUAGGAUUUCUCUAGGUUUGCUCUACUCUGCUCUCUGUGAUUUGUCCACAUCAUUUUGUCACUCUGCAUCUCUACCAAUAAGUAUCUAAACAAACAACAGAUCAACUAUUGCAGUUUGGGUCACAGAGGUUUUCCUCACUUGAGGCUUCUUACUGUGUUCUUGUUGCCUCCUUGUGAUAUUUUCCUUUGCUGUGACAGAUUGAUUUGAUUACUUUAGUUUUUAGUUUCACUACUAGAACUGGAAUUAAAAUGUAACUUAUGUUUACAACUUUUCACAGGUUCAAAUGAAACAAUCAAUCCAGAGAAGAACUUUGUGAUAAAUUUUAAGUCACUUGUAGACCGGUCAGUGGAGACUCUCAGUCUGUGGCAAGUUCUUAAUGAACACAACAUUGAAGAUGUCAUACUUCAUCUUGAUACUGUAAGACAUUUUGUCUUUAAUUAUUUUUGUUAUUAAACUGAUUAAACAGUGAAUUUCUUAUAUUAGUGGGUUUAAAUGGAGGGGGAACAUUACAAUUUAAGCAAACCUUUGAAUUUAGCAGGCAGUAUAGCGAAGUAUGGCCUGAUAUAUUGACCAAUCAUAGCAUAUGUACAAACUGAGAGAUAUAAUUCUAGGAAAUAAUUUCUAAGCUUAGUUAUUUGAGCAACUCUGGUGUUUGUUAAGUCAUUGUUGCGUUUUAAUUUCAGACAAUAAGGGAUCGUUUAAAGCAUGUCAAGUUUAGAGACCUGGCAACUAAGGGGCAGGAGGUAACCAUGGCAAUUGUGUUUGUUCAAACAAAUUGAGUAAAGUUUAUGUAGACUUUGCUUUGCUCAGGAGGAACAUAUUAGGAAGUUAUUUAAGUAUUAAUGAUAAUUAUUUUCCUGGACAAUGCAAUGCAAUGCUCUUUCUUAUGCGCCAUUCCCCCCCCCCCCCCCCCUUUUGCCCUGUGUAUAGAUGCUGAAUUCAUCUUAACAGAUCAUGGAUGUAACUCUUAUCAGGGGCUAAAAUUCUGUUUGUUGGGUGUCUGCACAGUUGGCAAAUGGAUUUUAGAUUUGUUUUUGUCAUCAAACUUUUCAGAGAACUUCAUGAUUUUGACUGCAAGUUCACAUUUGGUUACUACAUGGGUAAGAAAUGUGCUUUUUUGUAAUUGAUGCAGCAGAAAACUAAUGUCACCUGUGUUUCCUGUAGAUCUGCAGUGCCCUCAUUGCAUCAUUGAUCAACUGUUAUCUGGAUGACGGCACCUCUACAGAUAUUAUCAGUGAGAAGUUGAGGGAGGUCUGUCCACAUUUAUUCAGCAAUGAUGAUGCAGUGUCUUCAAAGGUACAACUUUAUCAGGAUAAAAACAGACUGUAAAGCUUCUCUGAAAAUAUCAAAGGUUUUGAACCUAACUGAGGAGUCUUUGAAUACACUUUGCAACCACAUAUUUGUAGAGAGGUCAUUAUAGAGUGGAGAUUGCAAAGUUGUCUUGCUAAUUCCCAAAAUUCUCCAAAUAAAUUUCUAUACCUUGAGCUACUUUUUAUUCAAAGGUGGAGCAUAUUCUCUUUUUACUCUGCACUAUUCUUCUGCUAUCACAUUUCCUAACCCUGUACACCCUAAUAUCAAUAUCCAUCUUCUCCACCUUUUCUCCCUAAAUUUCCUAAGGCGCUUACAUGGAGAAUUUGUUUAAUUAUCAUGAUCAUCUUUAGUUGAUCAUCAUUUUCUUUAGUCAUGUGACCUUGUUAUGUGAUUCAGGGAUGACAAUGUAAUGAGAAAUUAGGUGCGAGUUACUCUUAAGAGAUCAAAGGGUAAUGAAAUCUCUGCCUAUUGAUGAAAGAUUUAGACUGAUCAGUUUGUAAAGUAAUGCUCUUAUUGAUUUUUUAAAUUCCCUUUUAGGCUGGUGAACUUUUAAUGCUGGCUAAACAAAGUAAAGACAAAGCAGAACAAGAAAGUAUUCUUAAAGAUGCUCUCCGUGUAAGUAGUGGCUUGCCCUUUAUUUAUGGCUACUGCAUUUGGCAAAAGAAUUGAAGCUUGAGACUAGACUUUUACUUUAAUUAAUAGGAGAAUGGCACUUACAUGCUUUGUCUCAAGUUUAACCUUGUCUAGAUUUCUUUUCAUAUGGUUCAAAACAAAUGGCAGAAUUCCUUGUUUCUGCUCUCCAUACAUUGUUAAAACUAAGCUUCUUGUGAUCAUGUUCAUGUAGAGAUACAAUAUAGCUCUCACCUUUGCUGUAACCUUAACCUUUAAACCCGAACAUCAAUAUCCAAAUUCUCCAUACUCUUCUCUAUACAUGUAAUAAGGUGCUGACGAGGAGACUUUUUAAACAAUUGAGAGCUUCUUUAGCUGGUGAUCAGUUUUCUUAUCCUCACAACCUUACUUUAUGAUUCAGGGGUUAUAUUGUUAGGAGAAAUUAGAUGCUAGUCACUCUUAGGAGUCAAAGGGUUAACUAAAGCAACAAAAUAGAAUGUAACAGGCAAUCUUUGAAACAUCCAGGUUAUGAAACCAUCUGGCAGGUUUUAAAGUUUUUUUUUUUUCAUUCUUCUUUUUUUUUUUUUUUUUGCUAGUGUUAUCGACAAGUGACCCAUCAGAUCAACCUGGAAUUGAUUUGUUCUUUGUUUGAAUCAGGUAAUAUAAUAUCUUCAAACUCGUUCAGUGAUAAUAAUUGAUUUACCGUCAGCCAAUUUGUUUUUAGGGUGGUAGGGGUGGCACAGUAGUGUAAGCACUCGUCUCUCACCACUGAUACCUGGGUAGAGUUUGUUGUUGGUUCUCACUGCGAGAAUUUUUCAAUAGUCUCUCCGCUUUUUACCCCUUAACAAAGACCAUCACUCUCAAUUUCGAUUUUUAACAGUGGACGAAAAGCCACAUCUUGGAAGUGCCACUGUUCAAUUUUGAUAACUUUAAAUAUUUAUUAAUUAUUUUUUGUUUGUUUUUAAAGUGAGAUUCUAUGAUGGAGUUGUGGAGUUAUCUUUGUAUGCUGCGCUAAAACGAGAUCCCCAGGGAAUGGCUUUACACUUCUACAGGAAUGGAGAGCCACAUGGUGAUAUGCAAGGACGGGAAGCGUUUAUUGCCAGGUAUUUUAUCCUAGUCUAUCUCUGCAACGUUUAACUGUUUCACAAGAAGUCACCUUAUCAGUUUUGGAGAAAGUCUGAUGACUUCGUGGGAACAAAAGUGAGCCCGCGAAUAGGCACGAACGUUUCUUGCCCGCGAGAAACUGAGUAUGAGGCCUUGAGCAACACGAGGCGGCGGGAGAUCUGCAAGGGGUCUGACACUGAUAAUUAGUGCCAGACCCCUCUAACCUCUUCCCGACUCGUCUCAAAUCUUCCCGCGUGUUGAGAAAUGCUCGUCUUGCAGAGCUAAUAAUAGGAACCAGUUCGGAGGGUAGAACACAGUCUCCACUCUUCCCUUCCUUCUCCGCUCAGGACCGUAGAUCGUCAUUGGUAAAAACAAAACUGAAGACAUAAACGUAACUGUUGUUUAUAAAUAUUCCCUUUGUUUUUCAACUAUUAUGUUGGACAAGUCUUUCUUUUUCUAGACAACAGUGCUACAAGUGCAUUCUGGACUGUCUCCAACGUCUUCUUGUCAUCAAAACAACUCCUUCUCAAUCACCCGGACUACCCUCACGACCAGGGCCUCCUCCGGCCCCAGACCCCAGUGCUCUGACACCGCAUGAUGCUGAAAAGCAUGUAAGUUCUUAUGAAAAAAAAAGUCUGCUUUCUGUCAGGUUUGUAGGCAGCGCUUGAUUUCCAGACUUAAUCUUUUUCCUAGAUGGAAGAUGUGUUAUCAUCUUCAUUGUCUUACGGGGAUGAAUUAUGGCAUGUUGUUUUGUAUCAAUGGUUGAUUGACAAUGGACUGACUGAAAGGCUGUUGGAGGUAAGUUCUAUUUUCGUGAACCUUCUCAUCAUUCCAAGAGUCCUUGCAUUUUCUUUAUUCCUCAACCAUUCUCCAUUUGUUUCACGGGAAAAGUCGGACACCAAGUCGUAAUCGGUUUAGUUUUGUAUCUAAUUGGGUCAACAGGUGGCGCGAGUUUAUAAACCAAUCACAGGGCAGUGAAGGAGAACAGAAGCCGUCUAGUAUUUCUGUUGGAUCUCGGUUGAUAUUUUCUGUGCCAUCAUAUUUUUGAUUUGUUUUGUUUUUUGAUCGACUUAUUCCUUUAUUCUUCAAAUGAAGAUCAAAUCUCCGCACUUGGAGGUGUUUCUGAGGCGAUCAUCGUCACAGGAUCAGCCAAAUGAAUUAAAGAUGUUGGACUUGUUGUGGAAACAUUAUGAAAAAACAAAGAAUUACUCUGCUGCUGCAAGAAUCCUUUCUAAACUCUCUGAAAAACAAAGGUAAUUAUUAUUUCAAUUUCAAUACCUUUAGAACUCGGGUUAAGGUUUCCCUAAUGGACCUCGCAGCCGUUAAAACUUUGACAUUCUGAGCUAAUACCAACAUAUUUCGCCCUCCUCUGCCCCGCCCCAUUCUUCCCUUCCCUUUUUAUCCCCCCUUUCAGCGUGUUUUAUUGAAAAAAUGCAGAAAUUGUUCGUUCCACACUGCUGUGGGCGGGAAUGGGCAGAAGUUAUGGAUAUUAACACUUUUCAACCUUUGUGAUCAAGGUUGUAGGUCUCAGGCCUCGUUCUGGUGACUUGCAUCUUCAGUGCUUCUGUCAAGAGCAGCAAUAAAUUUUGGUUAAAUCCGCACCGCUCUACAAUAACAUACCUUACACACUUAGUUCCCCUCACUCCUCCUCUUCUCACUGUCCUGAAAGUCAUCAGUGUUAUUUUGGUUAUAUUUCAGUCCUGGUGUAACACUAGAGUUAAGAUUAGAAUACCUGGCUCGUGCCAUUAUGAGCGCCAAGAGCUGUAAUUUACGAACCGCCGGGAGUGGCGACGGGGAAUUCUUACACGGGUUAGAAGAGAAGCUGGAAGUUGCCCGCAUCCAGAUGCAAGUCUAUCAAGCUCUUGUAAGAAUUAACUCUGCUAAUCCAUCCAGGCGGAUAGACCAAGCUUUGAUUGGAUUGAAUUCUCAGCUCUUUGAUGUCACCAAAGUAAGGGCCUUUUAAUUUCCUUCACUAAAUGACUUACAUGAAUCUUUCCCUUCCUAUAUCGAUACAUUAUCCAGAAAGAGGCGGUUGUUGUUUUUUGUCAUAUCACUGGGAAGUGUGCUGUUUCCUCUUUUCCUCUCAUUUCCCUUUCGUUCAGAUUCCCCGCCUUACCGACGCCCUCCUUUCCUUCUACAAUGAAGCAUGUUUUCGUAAUUUUAAGUAAUAUGACCCCAUCGUUCGUUCUUCUGCACUCUCUGAUUUUCAUUUCUUCACCCUUUAUGGUCUCCUACGACUUGGUUUUGCCCUCAUUAGAUAAUAGUUUUGUUGUUUAAUGGCGUAUACCCUAGCCUGUUGUAAAAGACAUUCAUCACUUUUCGCUGUUACCGUAUUUACUCGUGUAUAAGUCGACCUUUUAUGACCAAACGAUCAGCCCAAAAAAUCACCCUCGACUUGUACACAAAGACCCGAUUUGAGCAAUCCAAGAAAUUAGCAUAAAAUUCGCCUCAAGUCCGUUAGGUAGACCGAGUUUAUAAAACUAGUUCUAGUUGUGUAAGAGUUUCGUCACUUUUUAGCACAUUCUUCCUCAACAAAAAUGUUUGAAAUAAUAAAUUUUAAGUGGCUUAACAAAAAGCUACUGGAGCUGAUUUCUAUCGUGUCUUCGGACUGUGGAGCAGACAUUUUUGCCUCCAGCUUCGCUGCUGUUAACGGUGCUGAACUUUCGUUUUCAUCGAACGAUUUCAGUGGCUUGGUGACCUGGCUCGCGUGGUCUUGUAUGUUACGCGCGAUCCUUCGAAGUUCUUCGGUUCUCCUUCGGUCUAAUUAAUCUCCCUUCAAAGUCAGCAUUAAAAUAAAGGCUGUUUAAAUGCAAGAAGGUUUCAUUUUCACUGUGAUUCACAAAAUAUGGUAAAAUACUUCUUCAGUAAAUCGAAGUGCUCGUAGAUGCCUAAAUCGAGGUGAUAUCAACAAGUGCCAAUAAACUUUACAGCACACGGUUACAUUUUGCUCUUAAUUUUUUUUAAUUCCCCGUGUUUUCAAUACAUUCUCGGAAAUAAGAGAUUAACUUCGACUAGAAAUGAUGAAAAAUCUGAUUUUUGACCUUGAAAGUCAGGGGUCGACUUAUACACGGGUAAAUACGGUAGUCUGAAGUGCUACUUGUGUGAUUUUUUCGGUGUUUUCGUGGAAUGGCAGUUUUGCAGAUGAGUUCAGACUAACUUGACUAUAAUCAUCCUCAGCUGUACGGAGAUUUUGCUGAUGAGUUUGAUCUGUCUGAGUGUAAACUCGCCAUCGUUCACUGUGCUGGACAUUACGACCCAACCUUGAUCGAGACGCUCUGGAGGGACAUCAUAGAAGCCGGUUAGUGAUUUUCGUGUUAAGUUACUAAGUUGCACGACAAGGCUCUCAAACGUAUCACAAUGUCUUGUUUGAAAACAGCAGGGUACUCAAAACCUAAAUGACUAUCGAGAAAGUGGUGAAUUUUCCCAGAAAAUGCUCUCUGGCAGGACUUGUAACACUUCUACGUUUAUUUUCUUCAACAGAGCUCCGUGACUCACUUCAGAAUCCACCUAGUGAUCGCAUGGCAAUUGUCAGUAAAAAGAUUGCUUACUUAGGAAAGGUUUAUGUCCAUUCUGAGCGGUACUUUCCAUUGGGUAAGUCAUUACGUUACGGCCAGUGCAUGACCAUUCGUGACUGUUCAUAGCCAUGCCCGCUGUGCAUGACCGUCAUGGCUUGAAUCACGCACGAAUUUUUACUCAAUAAUGUUGCUCUGUGCCUUUCAGGGGCAAUAAUCCUUAUGCUGGAAAAGAAGAGCGCCGAGUUGGUCUGGGACCCAACCUGGGUGUUUAUGACUAUGUUAGAGAUGGGUAUUCCAUUCCCCGUGUUACACGCCAUUUAUGACAAACUGUUCAAAGCCAAGGUAAGUCAAAAUAUCACUAACACUGUAGCUUAGAGAUGAUUUCUUGGGACAAAUUUAUCAGCGACUGUAUUUGGAAUCUGCUAUACAUUAUGAUCCCAGAAUAUGGCCCAUCCAGCUUCUUGUAGCUCGUGGGAAACUCGUACUUUUUUUUUACCUGUCCCACGUUCAUAAAACAUGAAGGGUUAGUUAUUUAGAAGUUUGGUAUGAGGGAGGGGAGGGAAGGGUGCGCAUUGGAUGAGGAGAAAAAAAUUUGAAAGGGUAAAUUAUUGUUAACUUUUAGUUAUGUUUUCGUUUGUCUAUGUUUUGAAGGAUCAGUGUUGGCGAACGCAAGACAAGCCUCUUCACAUCCUUGAAGUUAUAUAUCAUUUGUUUAUGAAAUUUGUAAACACGCCCACCAUUUCUCCCCCUCACGAGAGGUAAGGGCAACCUUUUCAUUUGCCUCCAUGUACUGGUUUAUACAUGUUUCCCAGGCCCUUCGCCAUAUUUUAGUUUACCCUGAAGUGUCAUUUUCUGACUUUUACUUUCAGACGAAAAAUAGCAAUUGCACUGUAUGACGCAUGCGCCACGUAUCUGGUGGAACUACAAUCCAGUCUGUCACGUGACCCAAGUGUGCAAAACACGCUGGACAAAUUUCAAGGAUUGCAGAAGUGUCUAAAGCGUCUUUUGCACUGAAUGACGUUAAGUCGACCGGAAAUCGUGCAGAUUUAUUUUUAAAUCUUGGCCAAGUUCUUUCAAACAGCUGUGACAGAGAGUCUUCAAGCCUGUUUCUGGGUAGUAUUUAGGCUUACAAGCUAUUUUUAAAUCAUCAGUAUGUUGUAAAUAAAAGUUUAGGUGAAGUCUUCGUAAUGAACUUCUUUUAUGUGCAAUUUUGUCAUGUG